AUGGCCUCCGCGGAGGACGCCUCCUCGGGCGACGAUGAGGCCUUCACAGUCCUCAAUGAUGACGACGGCACCUUAGCCAUCGGAAUCGAUUUUGGAACCACGUUCUCUGGUGUGGCUUGGGCUACCUCGGACGAGUUCGACAGCGACCAGAACAGCGUCAAUACCAUCACCACCUGGCCCGGAACCGGUCGAGAGGAGGGAAAAGCUCCCACCGAGAUCGCCUAUGGCGACGGUGACGAGGUCUUUUGGGGCUUCGAGGUUCCUGCGGAUGCCGAUCCAAUCCGCUGGUUCAAGCUUUUGCCUCUGAAGCCCGGAGAUUUAACUGAAGAGCUUUUCCACUCCGAGAUUCUGACCAAGGGCCGCUUGUUCCUGGCAAAGACCGGCAAGACCGCCGUUGAGCCCUAUGCUCGCCAGUCCAUGCACGAGGCUGCCCGACUGGCCGGCAUCCUAGACGAGCGUUUUGCCGGACUGACCAUUAUGUACUUCGUCCCCGAGCCCGAAGCUGCGGCCCUGGCUACUCUCAUCGAGCCGGGACGUAAGCCCAAGAAGGACAACAUCCUUGUCAUAUGUGAUGCAGGAGGUGGCAUCGUCGACCUUAUCAGCUACAAGAUCGAUAAGACGGGCCCCGUCGCCAUGUCUGAAUAUGUCGAGGGCACGGGAGACCUUUGUGGCGGCGCUUUUAUCGACGCCGCAUUCAAGAACAUCUGCACGAAGCGCUUCGGGAGCCGCUAG